AUGGAGCUGGGGCUUCUGCACCGGAAGCUGUGUCUCAAUAGGGCCACAAGACCAGGUUCCAUCAUCCCGAGACCUAGCUGUGCUACUGGAUGGUUUUACUACAAGUCCUGUUGCUAGGGAUACUUCCAGAAGCUGAAGAACUGGUCUGAUGCUAAGCUCGAGUGUCAGUCGUAUGGAAACGGAGCCCACCUGGCAUCUAUCCUGAAUUUAAAGGAAGCCAACACCAUAGCAACGUACAUAGGUGGCUGUCAAAGAAACAAGCCCAUAUGGAUCUACCUGCAUGACCUGCAGAAGGGGCAACAGUGGACGUGGCUCGAUGGGGCCACGUAUAUUUACAGAGCUCUGUCUGGCAAGUCCGUGGGUGGGAACAAGUACUAUGCUGAGAUGAACGCCAUGAACACGCAGCUCUCCACUCUCAGAAUACAGGCUCUCAUGGCAGAAAAGUACAAGGAAUGA